UAUAUUUAAUCAAAAUCACCUACUCAUCCUUUUUAUUAAUUUUGUGACUCCUCUGUUCCUCAUCACCACGGGUUGCCAGGCAGUCUAUAUAUCAUAUCCUAUAAAUACCUAUCACUUGAAACAGAAAAAACACAAAUCCAAAAAUUGUGACAAAACCCAGAAAUUACAUAACCAUCAUGUCUAUGAGACUGCUCGGAUCCCUAAGCCUUGUUGUGUGGCUCUUCAUGGUCACAGCAUCAUUAGCCCAGUCUGAUAAUACCUAUGUCCUAGACACAAAUGGUGAUCCCAUUGAGCGUGAUGAGGAAUAUUACAUCAAGCCAGCCAUAACAGACAACGGAGGACGUUUCACUUUGAUCAACAGAAACGGGUCAUGCCCUUUGAACGUUGGUCUAGAAAACACUGACUUGCCAAAGGGGUUGCGUGUGAUCUUCACUCCAUUUGCCAAAGAAGAUAAAGAUGUGAAGGUUAAUAGGGACUUCAAAGUGGCAUUCUCUGCUUCCACAACGUGCGUGCAAUCUACAGAAUGGAGGGUGGGUCAGAAUGACACAAGGAGUGGAAGGAGGCUCAUUAUCACAGGGAAAGAUGAUGGUAGAGGAUGGGGUAAUUACUUUAGGAUCGUGGAAACCCAAUUUUCAGGUAUUUAUAAUAUUCAGUGGUGUCCUACAGAUGUGUGCCCCACUUGUAGAUUCCGAUGUGGUACUGCUGGUAUUCUUCGUGAGAAUGGGAAGAUUUUGUUGGCCUUGGAUGGGGGUGUGCUCCCAGUUGUGUUUCAGAAAGAAAAAUCUAUAGCUUUCUCCUUUUGAUCCAUUUUUUGUGGUGUUUAUGCUUGUCGCUGAGGUCUUAUAUUGGUUAACAAAUAUAUGGAGCUAUAUAUCGUUCACUUUAACAGGAUGAAAGAAUGAUAGAUUUUUAAGUCUUUUCUUGAUUUAUUCAAUAAAGCUCCAAAAUGUUUUGUGUAAUUAACUUUGAAGUUGUUGUCAUAGUAGUAAUAAAUUCGCUGUAUUAAUUUGUCGUCUUGUGGAGGUUUCAUACUUAUAUAUGAAAAAACUCUGCUUUUACGAUAUUUUUUAUAUGUACUCUGAAAGCACUAUAUAUAAUUAAUUAACAAAAAAUAUAAGAUAUGGA